AUGGUGGAUGAUAGAGGUUUAAUGGAUAUGUUUAAGUAUAUAGAUGAAGGCAAUGAAAUAUUACAAGUCUAUGUCGAAGGAGAGAAAGGACAAGUAGCAUUGCCUGGUGGCACAAGUCAAUCUAAUCAUGGAAAAAAUGGUGGUGUUAGUUGUAUUAGUGAAAAUCAAAAGCAGGAAGUAGAAUCAGAAGAAGAUCCUGACUACUUACCAGUUGAUGAGAGUGAGACUGAUGAUUUAGAUGAAACUGAGGAUGUGAGUGACAAUUUAGAUGAUUUAGAUGAAAUUGUGUUUGAUGUCAGUGUUGAACAUAAUGAUGAUGAGUAUGUGGAAGCAAGGAAAAGGACAACAAAGUAUAAGAAUUAUGUGCCUGUUGAUGAGCUUGCUGACAGAUUACAUGGCAACACUGACUCUGAUGGGGAUGUGAAUUCAGACAGUACUGAUGAGGAUGACAUUGAAGAGGCUUCAAGAAAGAGGAGAAGGCAGGUUGUAUAUGAUCCCAGAUGUGAUCAUAAGUAUUUACAGCUGGUGAUUAGAAGCAGCAAGUACCAACUUCAAAUGAGAUGUGACAAGGAAUGCCCAUGGACACUGUAUGGAAGCAUGAUUAAAAAAGAGCAUACCUUUGCUAUUAAGACAUAUGCUGGUGAGCAUAGGUGCCCUAAGGAGAUGGAAAAUAGGCAAGCUACCUCUGAAUGGAUAGCUAAGGAAUAUAUACAUGGAUUCAGAAAAAAUGGCAAUUGGAGUAUGAAAGACUUGGAGGAUGACUUACUUGAUAAGUUCUGUGUUCAAGUGUCAAUAACAAAGUGCUAUAGGGCAAAAUGGAAAGCAUUUAAUAUUCUAAAAGGGUCUGUACAAGAACAUUAUGCUAAGUUAAGAGGCUAUAAAACUGAAUUGCUUUGGGUGGAUAAAAAAGGCAGAUUUGAUUUCCUCCUUGAUGAAGACUACACUUUUAAAGGGUUCUUCAUAGGCUUUAGUUCCUUGAGGAAAGGGUUUUUGAAGGGUUGCAGGCCCAUUAUUGGAUUUGAUAGGUGUUUUUUGAAAACUUUUUUAGGAGGGGCAUUAUUAUGUGCAGUUGCUAAAGAUGGGAACAAUCAAAUGUUCCCCAUCUUUUGGGCUGGUCUUACUAAUGCUAUAAAGAACCUAGCACCUUUUGCUGAAUAUAGGAAUUGUGUUAGGCAUGUUUAUUAUAAUUGGAAGAAGGAGUUUAAGGGGCAAGUUUUAAAAAAUAUGUUUUGGAGUGCAGCUAGAAGUACUUAUGAAGCUGCUUAUAAGGAAGUCAUUGAUCAAAUUAAAGUAGAGAAUUAA